AUGCAAAAGAACAACAUAAGCGUCUUGGAGGCGCUGAACUUCUUAAACCUGCCCGGAAACAGAAUAACGGAGAUUAAUCGACAAGCGUUUUUGAACGUUCCUCAACUACAGUAUCUAUACUUGACGAACAAUCAAAUCUCACGGCUCGUUCCUCAUCAAUUUGCAUCUUUCAAUCAAAUUGAAAUGAUCGAUUUGACCAACAACAAUAUCACGGACAUACCGGACGAAUGUAUUGCACGUCUCCCACAGCUACGACAACUAUUUCUUGGAGGAAAUCGUAUUCGUACUAUCGGGAAGAACGCCUUUGCCAACACUUCUGUGGCCAUUUUAAGUUUCGUCAACAACGAACUCACAGAAAUUCGUGAAGGAAUGCUGGACGGCAUGGUAGGACUACAAAGUGUCGCCUUUAGGAGCAACAAGAUCAAGUCUGUGCAUCCCAAUGCUUUCUACAGUAGUCCGUCGUUAAUAACGAUAGACUUGAGCGACAAUGAGAUCACCGAACUUUCUCCGUCAACCUUCCUUGCCCAAUUGAACUUGCAAUUGAUCGAUCUACGCAACAACAAGCUCACCAAGACACCUUACGCCGCUCUGAAUCAUCGAGUUGGAACUGUAUUUUUACAAGAAAAUCCAUUGGUCUGUACUGAGAAGAUUCAUAUGCUCCAAGAUGGAGUGGCUGUAUACGAUUCGAAUGGCAUAGACUUGAUUUGUGGCGGACGACCGACAUCUACUACAACGACUUCACCUAUUAUAGUGCACAAACUUCCAUCAUCAAAGAGCUACAGCACAUCUGACGUGAAACCGAGUGGUGCGUUUCAGCAGGACGGUCUUUUACUCCAAGAAAAACAGCAAUCACGUGAAGUGGAAGAGCCCACCGCAAACCGUGUCUCUGAAGGAGCACCAAGCCGUACCUCUGGAGAGAGACAGAUCUCCCCGCUACCUGUGAAAAAUAUUGCCAGGUCACGCGGCCGAUUUGAACUUGGUUCACAAAUUCAUCACAUUGACCAAGCCACUGAGGAUUCUCCAGACGAGCCUGAAAGUACGGCGAUACCACCAGUGCUUCUUGAGGAACAGAGCACGUCAAUCCCUAAAAUAAGACCAGCCAGCGAAGUGGAAUCCAGCAAGAGCGCUAAAGUGAAAGAGUCAGCACAGGCAGAACCAGCGGAGAAUCGGAAUGUUAUUCACCCAUUCCCAGUGCCAUUCCUUAAACCGCCACAGAAAAACCGUCAGGCCACUUAUCGGGAAUCAUCCACCGAAGCAUCGUCUACAGUAAAAGUAAUAAAAGCGGAACAUUACACCCUACCUCCUACGGUGGUGAUCGUGCCAGAAUCAAGGUGA